AAGCCUUCGUCUGAAACAACUGCAGCCACGAUCUGGGCAACUGGUGUCCAGCUGCCCUAUCAGCAUCUGUCACUUAUCAGUGCGCAUGUAAUCUCAUCAAGGCGCGUGACGUGACAGCCUGCGUCAUUAGAUCUGAUGCUGCCAUUAGUCUCCCAGCACGAGUGCAGUCAGGCCAUAUGGGGAAGAGACGGGGCAGCACAUCAAAGUUUUGGUAUUGCAGAUCACUUUUUGGGGUCAUGAAAACUGGGAACCAUGUCUGGUAUGAGAAUGCACUGAAUGAAAAGGCUCCAUUUGAGUGUGUCUGAGUGUGACUGAUAAUGAACAAGGCCGCAGUGUAUUGCCACAGAGUUGUUUCUUUGUCCAAUGCAGACUGAGCCCCUGCUCUAAUCUGGGUUAUCUGGCUGUAAUCCGCUUAGCCCACUGCUACUCUCACUGCUGCUGCUGCUGCUGCUGGGUGGGCACUUUGUGUAGUUUCAGUCUGGUUUUGACUUCUCUGCCAUUCAUACCUGUUGAACUGUCUCCCGAGCAGAACAAACUAGCAGGGAAGUUUGCUUUGCACGUAGAGGACCUUGGAGGACAGUCUGUCUUGGGGAGUCCUGUCCCAACCAACAGCCAUGGCUGAAUGCCAAGAGAUGGGUCUGUCUGAGCGGAAACCUGCUGUGGACAUGUACCCCAAAAAGAUACUGGAGUAUAUGGAAGGCUUCCUCAUCUCAAAGGUGGUUUUCUCCUCCUGCGAGCUGGGUGUGUUUGAUGUAUUGCUGGGUGCAGAGCGCCCCCUGUCUGCAGAUGAGAUCAGCCAAGCAGUUGGAGCCAGUCUGGACGGCACACAGAGACUGCUGGCAGCCUGUACUGGCCUGGAGCUCCUCAACACUCACCAUGACAAUGGACGAGUCCUUUACAGCAACACUGAGCAGGCUGGUGUCUACCUGACCCGCUCCAGUCCUUCGUCCCUCUACCAGUCCAUCCAGUACAGUUCCAGGACCAUCUACCUCUGCUGGCACUACCUGACCGAUGCUGUCAGAGAGGGCAGAAACCAGUAUGAAAAGGCUUUUGGAGUCAACUCAAAAGAUCUGUUUGAAGCUCUCUACAGGUCUGAUGAGGAAAUGACCAAGUUCAUGCAGUUAAUGAACUCCAUUUGGAACAUCUGUGGCAAAGAUGUGGUCACAGCCUUCGACCUUUCCCCUUUCAAGGUAAUCUGCGACCUUGGAGGCUGCAGUGGAGCAUUAGCCAAGCAAUGCACGUCAGCCUACCCAGAAUGCACUGUUACGAUCUUUGACCUCCCCAAGGUGGUGCGUACGUCGAGGGAACACUUUGUCACUGAGGCUGACCAGAGAAUAAGCUUCCAUGAAGGGGACUUCUUCAAAGACCCCCUGCCAGAGGCUGACCUCUACAUCCUCGCCAGAAUCCUCCAUGACUGGACCGACGAGUGUUGUGUAGAGCUGCUCAGCAGAGUCUACAGAGCCUGCAAACCAGGGGGCGCUGUGUUACUGGUGGAGGCGCUGCUUUAUGAGGACGGCUCUGGCCCGCUAACGGUGCAGCUCUACUCUCUGAACAUGCUGGUGCAAACGGAGGGCAGAGAGAGGACAGCUGCUCAGUACGCUGCCCUGCUGACUGCUGCCGGCUUCUCCGACAUCCAGCACCGCCUCACUGGGAAGAUCUACGAUGCUGUGCUGGGACACAAAGAGACAUAAGACAGACAGAUAAGGGUACUCGAGUACCAGGACUGGAAGUUGAAAACAACCUAGAUAAACUUUUUCUACAACUGUAGAUUUCUUUUUAAGUUUCACCUGAAGUUUCUUCAAAUAAAAAAAGUUUCUCACACUGUAUGACAAUACAUCAGUGUUCUGCGUCUGCUUUUUCACUGACUCUGUAUGACUCAUGAAAUAUUCAGGCACAAUUUUAUGGCUGCUGAAUUCUGCAUAUUGAAUAUUCUGGAUUAUAGUUCUUUAUUUUAGUAAAUUAAGGUAGAUUGGUAUCUUGGUUUAUUUAUAGGAACUAAAAUAAAGUUCUUUGCUAUGAACAAUGCCUGCCCUCAAAUCAUCUGUUUGUAACAGACUCAAAGUUAAAAGAAUAUGAACUGCUCAACAACUCAAAAUAACACUUCUGGUCAACUUUUAGGACCAGAUGUGUGUUUUAUUCACUUAGUGCCAGAAUCAAGUGACAAGUACAUGAAAUCGUAGUCAUCUUGGAUUGAUGUAGAAAUGUUGGUCUCAUUCUGGUCUCACAAAUCCAACAACCACACAGUUCUAUUAGUGUUCAAUAGGCAGAAAACAAUAAUUAGGUUUGAUAACAUACUAAUAAUACUUAAUAUUUUCAUUGGUCUCUUUCUAUG